AUGACAUCUCCAACCCGCGCUGAGCAACCCCGGAAGCUCCGAGUGAUCGCUUGUGAACCAUGUCGCUCCCGCCGUACUAGAUGUGAUGGCCGCAAGCCAAGAUGUGGUUCGUGCGAGACGCGGAGAAGUGUAUGCGAGUACCCGGAGGCAAACAAACGCACAGCAACGAACGUCGAGGACGAGCUUUCCCAGAUUCGAUCCCAGCUAGACCGUAUCGAACGCGCCGUUGCAUCGGUGGAGUUCACCCGGCGCCGUGAUGUCGGGUCGAUCUCUGAAGCUGCAACUAGCCCUUGGGCAGCUCAUGCUGGUGCUUCCAGUGUAUCGGCAAGCCCAGAGCUGCUAGACGCUCGGGGCUUCCCAUACAUGAAACUUCAGACAUGCGCUUUCACCAGACUGGCGGGUUUGGGGGAGAACUAUGGAAACGAUGUCAUUCGACUAGAGCGCGCUGCUCACCCAAUUUCUACCUCCACUGGCGGCUUAUUCGUCCUCAACCACCCCAAGGCCAUGGCUGCCUUGCAAAGCUUUUCGGUUAAGAUACACCCAUGGUAUCCCAUACUUGAAAGCCGGUUCUCGGAGUGCAUAUCGUCCGUUCUAGCUAACUCCUUUGAGCGGCGUACCGAUACGUUCUUGGUUCUCAUGGUACUGGCUAGCGGGUCUAUAGCUCAAGAAAACACGUAUGCCGAGGCACUCGAACGUCGGCCGGAUGCCAUGUACCUGAACCUAGCUCUGGAUAUGUUGCAAGUGGUUAUUCUGGAACAGAGUUUGCGAAGUGUACAGUGCUUAGUCGCUGCGAGCAUCCACUACUGCCUACUCCUUAAACCAUUGCAAGCGCACGACCUUGCCGCAAUGGCAAUUAAAAAGGCGCAAGAUCUGCACAUCACUGGCGCUUUUCAAGACGAUCAAGUAGCCUACGAGCAUUGGAUCCGUGUAUAUCGAAUUGCAUUGCUCAUUGAAGGAGAGCUUGUCAUACCUCUGCGACUUGUAGACAGCAACGCAUGGGAGACCGAGGAAGAAAUCCCCUUGCCCACGGGCACUGACAUUUGGUCAUUUGAGGAAGACUCUGAUAUGGAUGAAUCAGUUGAAAGAAGCCGUUCUGACAAUGUUGUGACUUACCUGCUGGCAGAAAUAUCUAUGAGACGGAUUCUUCGGCGAAAUACUGCAGCGAUUACAGUUUCGACCGAAGGCAAGGCUGACUACGCGCCUCUGAUAGCUCAGGAACUAGAAGACCAGGUUGCUAGAUGGUAUUCUUUUCUGCCAGUGCCUCUACGUUUUUCCUUGGAACCCGACGAUCUUGAUGCCGACACUUCAGACCCGAUCAUCUUUCUGCGCACUCAAUAUUGGGCGUGCAUGGUGUCUUUCUACUGGCCUGCAGUCGUCAAGGUCAUGGACUCACAACAACUGAGUGAAAGCACUAUGAAUGGCUGCAGGAGUUAUUUUCACUCAUAUCGUCAGUUUAUCGACAGCGCCACAAGAGCCUUGGAUGUAUGUGUCCCAAACAAGUGGACUAUUUACGCGAGUAUCUUCGCCAUCUCAAUAGGCGCGCAUCUAGGUGCUUCGAAUGCAUUGCUCGCCCCUCUUGCUUCGAGGCAGACAUGGGACAUGCUUGCCCUGGCUCGCGACGCCUUUGGAGAGGAAUGCCAACAAAGUCCAUCUUUGUCCGUGAUGGCUGAAAGCAUGCGAAAAACACUUAGUGCUUUUCCGGAAGUGUGGCAUAAUUAA